AGCCGCGGCACGGCAGAGAGACAGAGGAAGAAAGUUACAGUAGCGGAACAAGUUUGUUCAUCACUUUGGGCUUGAUAAGUAUAGUUGCAACUUUCAGUUUGUGAUUGAACCCCUUUAUUCCUUAUCCUUACACUAUAGAUACGCGCAGGACCAGAUCAAGAUGUCGCCGUUUCUCGUUGGUCUUUUUGCGUACUACAUUUGCAUGGGCUCGGCGUCCAUCUUGGUGGUAAAAUUUUCCGAGGCCAGCGGUGGAAAGCUCGUGUACAAUGUGGCCGUCUAUGCUGAGUAAAAACGUCCCCACCCCAUAUUAAUUGUCAUGCAGAUUUGCAGUUACAGGAAGAUUUGUAAUGCGCAUCCCCAUGAGAGGCAUUUCCAAACGUAUUUUGGACUUUGUAAUGCUUCAAACAGGAUCACUAGAUGGAUUUGUGUUGCGGCUGUACUUGCUAAACUGCACUACACUACAGCAGGGAACUUGUCAUGCUUGGCUCCCAAAACUUCUCGAUUUGUGUUGCGAGAUCCCCAUCUUGACGUAUUGGGUGGGAGCGUUUUUACUCAGGAUACCGUCGCGGUCUUUUUCAUCGAGCUCCUCAAGCUCUGUGCGGCGCUGGUCUUCGACAACAUGGGGCUGUGCGGCUCCAUAUGCAUUGCAAAAAUGUCUGGGUCUGGAAGAAUGCAACUUGUCAUGCUACAUCUGAAUCGUCGAAAAAUUUGUGUUGCAUGAUUACCAAAAGAGGUCCACUUUUGAACAAGUUUAGAGGCAGUUUCUCAUGCAGGAAAGGCAUGAUAGAGAUCUCACAGAAUCUGUCAUGCUAGGCCGUGCAUGCCAGACCGCAUAGGUCAUGGAUAACCUGCAUGACAAACCUAGCACUCUUCCAGACCCAGACAUUUUUGCAUUUGAUACUCCACCAAGGAAAGCCGGCGGUCCACUACGAUGGCUGGUUGGGUUCGGUAUUUAUGUUUGUCGCCUUGUACACUUAGAAAAAUUAUACGUAACAAGAUGAAAGAACCAAGCGAAAGCCGCUACACCAACCGCUUGAUACACGAGAAGUAGAAUCACCCUCCGCCCCAUCUCCACGAUCAGUAUCAACUACUAUCUCCGGUGAACCGGUACCCACGGGCGCAAAACGAUCGACCAAAUGCUAACUAGGGGAGCACCCACGUGGUAGGCUGGGUGUAGCACUGCUUGGUCGCGGUGCUCCGGCUUACGCCAUGUGGGACCGCGUGGGCAGAAGUAUCCACACACGCGCCGCGCCCAUUUCUAGCUAGGGACUCACGUAGUCGCCUCCUUCUUCAUCUUCCAAAAAACCUUCCACAGGAUGUGCUUGCACAAAUAUUCUCAGUUCGCUAUGCUACUGUGCUAUUUUCAAACUUCCCUUUGGGAUUUUAGUUUUCAGUAUCAACUACUAUCUAAGGUACGCUGGCCCGGCUUUCAUGUACGCGAUCCAGAACAACCUGGGUUUUUACGCGAUUUCCCUGCUCGGCCCCCCGCUGUUCAGCCUUUUUGUCAAUUCCAAGAUCCUGUUCGCCGCGGUGUCGGGCUGGUUUCUCCUCGAGCAGCACUUCACCAAGGUGCAGUGGCUGGGUGUCAAAAGGAAAAAUCCCCCCUCCCCAUAUCGAAAACGAAAUUUGUGAUGCUGUAUUUGAGUACACAAAUCGACUUGUAUUGCUAGAACGCCAAGAGCCGCCGUUGUGGCCGAAUUGCAGCGAAUUUGUCAUGGUGCUGUUUCCCACUUCCAGUUGCCUCCUGUCAUGCUGAAGAUGCCAGGCUUUCCUACGCCACCCAGCACUACAGUCCUCAUCUUUUCCCUUUUAGCAUGACAAAGCUGAUUUGUGGCCACAAAUCUGCAUCACAGACUUCCGCUUUGAUAUGGGGAAGGGAGAUUUUUCUUCUUGAUACUGGGUUUGGUCAACCUGGUACUCGCCCUCGUCGUCUCCAAAGUGCGUACCAUCGGGGAAUGCGGGCUGAAGUUGCGGCAGUUGAUGUGGUAUGAAUUGCAAAACCAUCGUACUAGUAUGAAUUGCAUUACAAAUUUUCUCAGCAUUAAAAAUUGAAUUUGUCAUGCUGUUUUACCUUGGAAAGGAAAUUUGUCAUGCAUAACUGCAAUUCGUACGAGUGCGAUACUUUUGCACAGGAUAUGUGGGACGAGGAUGCGGCGAUCGCAAUGUCAAAUGCGAGUAUGAACCCCAGUAUGCAUUGCAAAUGUGUCUGGGUCUGGGAGAUUGCGAGAUUUGUCAUGCUAGUCUGGCAUGAUUCUAAACUCUGUAUUGCGUGCCCGCGAAGAGAUCCCCUUGUCUGUCAUGCAAAAAGCAGUUUCUCAUGCGACGUGCGCAACUCUGAACCACGGAAAAACUUGUCAUGCUGGGGAGCGCAUUACAGUGUGCUCAAUAUUCCCUUGCUUGCAUCACAAGUUUCCAGACGACCCAGACACAUUUGCAUUUGAUACCCAGUUAUUUUUGGGACCGCCACCUUCACGAGGCCUCCGUGCUUUUAGAUUUGCCGCCGACCAGCGGUCUACUAGACAGCACUUCUGUAGUACGAGAGUGCACAACUCCCCCCUCCCCCUCAUUUGUAUUGCAUGAACAGCAAUACAAACACCUCCACACCUGGAGCCUGUGCAUGACAAAUUCAUGCGCCUAGUGUAGUUACUGUUUGGGCUUCCGGAAUCUGUGACGCAAACAGUGCCACAGGGAAGCACUUGGAUUUGGGGUUUUGCAUGACAAAUGAGGGGAGGGGGAGUUGUGCAGUCUCAUAUGUAGCUGCCAGUGAAGCAGGUAGUGCGACCAGUCUCUUACAGCAAGGCGGAUCAACAGGUGCUGGACGAGUCCUUUCAUCUGCGUCGUCAACGACCUCAGCUGCAGCCCAAAUGCUGUUUCCCGACUACAAUUUGUUUGGCGAAUCAACAGCGAGCUCCUCCGUGUGGUCGAGCCCAAUAGCAGCUGCAGGAACCGUAGUUGCAGGCGCAUCAAAUGCAGGAGCUGGCGCAACUUCUGAGCAAUACUACACCGUCGCGGACGCGAGUGCUGUCAGAUUGCUCCAAGCAGGUACGAGUCCGGCUGGGAUCGAGCCGCCGUCUGCAGGAUUCGGCUCCUUCGUGCUGGGUAUGAUUUGUGUGACAAUCAUGUCCGUCACCAGCGGGCUCUCCGGGGCCGUGAACGAGUGGCUGCUCAAGUCGAUCGACAGCGAUGUGCCUCUAAUGCGGAAAAACGCCUGGACCUACCAGUGGGGCUGCAUAUUCAACCUGGGCGGUAAGCUGGUUUUCUUACUAUGUAUAAACAGUAAAGUUCUUCGUAGAAAUAGUGCCGAGUUGUUUACGUGGGAAUCAAACUUUUUUGUUGGUGAUUGAAAUAAUUUCAUGGCCGCAGAAGUGAACCAACGCUGAUGUUUCCACAGAAGUUUUUAUCGCACAGAAAUUCUGCUUCUGGUAAUGUGAAUUCGAAUCGCAAGCGCCUGUGCGCCGGGCCGCACUAGUGGGACGUCGAGGACGUGAGUUAAUCUGUUUGUAGAUUGCGUAGCAUAGAAGAAGAUCUAGUAGAAGUACCCUCCCGUUCUUCCACCAAACAGCGAUGUUGUUCGUGAAUGCCACUUCCUCGAAUACUUCAUCGACGCUGCUGGACCCCCUGAGCGGCUUCAAUGCCGGCGUGUACACGAUUAUUUGCUGCAACGUGCUCCUGGGCCUCUCCGUCUCGCUUGUCCUCAGGUGCUGGGUAGUUAUUUGCAACGAUAUGUCGUUGACCUACCGUAACGGUUAGUGUAGUAUGUUUGUAUUUCCACUUGUCACUUAGAUUUGGUAGGAGUACUCAACUCUGAAUGAUUUACAUAUUUUCUUAGCGCUAGUAGGUCGCCUUACUCAGACUAUCGGCGGGAUGAGAAAGAUAAGAAACCAACCUCGCCUAUGUUAGUUUUUACACCUAACGAGCUCACUGUCCUUUCCGACUGCCGCAGCGGAGGUUGGUUCUACUUGCUGGCGUGGAGGAAGGGAUGUGUCGUGCUCUUGCCGAUGGGGAAUGAGACAACCCGCAGGAGAGAUUUGCCAGCACCGCUGCUGCACCAUGAUAGAGCGUGGAACUAUCCACAUAGGUGGUGGAGGGCACUCACUUCCAAAGGGGAUUUUUAAAAUAAAGCGCGAAUGUUUUGGUUGAUUUCGAUUUCGUUCCUGGUAAUCUGAGUAAGGUCGGCUUUUGGAAAAUAGCUCUGGUCGUACACGAUCAGCAGCAACAUGCACAAGUCGCAGAGAAUAUUAAUAGCUAGCAGUAGGAAACGAAAGCUUCCACCAAGCCUGCUAUGUACUCAGGACGAAGUACUAUUGGGGGCAAGAAAGCGAGACGGUAGCGGUCGGGGGCCACCUUGUGAUGGAGGGCGCGUGAGCCCUCGCAGUAGGACUGAUAGCGAUUCGAACUCAGAUUACCAGGCAGGAAAAAAAACUAGCACAUAAUCUCAAUGGUCGUGUAGCAUCGAAAUCAACCUCGCGCAUCAACAAUUUCAUUUCAAGGUGCAGCCGCCACGUAUGGCGUGAUGCACGCAAGAAGUCUGUUGAGGCACGGCGCCGUCGCGUUCAGCUCGGCAGACAGGUCAAGAGAACAAAGCGCAUCCUCGUCUUCAACAUCGACGAGAGAAGACAGCGGCAGCAUAUUUCACGGCUUUACCUGGGCAGUGGGGCUCCUUGUCGUGUGCGAAUGCUCCUAUGGACUGUCUGUCAGCCUCAUACUGAGGUUUGAUGUCUGUUUUGACUUCAAGAAUCUCUACUUUGCUUUCUCAUCGCACGAUAGUCCUCUGAGUAGAGCAGGUCGUUUGGUUUGGAAAGCAAGAAUGCGACCACAACAUGAAUAAAUUUGAAGAAAAUUCAUCUGUCGAGGAUGGUCACCAGAACUGAACAUAAUUUCCUCGGCAUCUAUAUUCUCUACGAAGUAGAUGCAAACAUUUUACUCUUUCAGGUAUUUUGACAACGUCGUAAAGUGCAUUGGCGGGGUCGUCAUCAUUUUUGUAACGACAUUUAUGAGCUGGAUCUUCUUCGACUCCGAAGUAUGCCCCGAGUUCGUAGUCUCCGUGCUGAUCUUCGGCAUAUCAAGCUUGCUUUACGUCGGUGACUUCAACGCCGUGCUGAAAAAAGGUAUAAAUUUAAAUGUAGUAUCAUCAUCUGUCCUUGUAGUACAUCAUCAUGCUAACCUACCGCGCAUGAGCUUUUUUCUCCAUCUAAAUUUACUUUCUUUCAUUUCUGCAACAGCAUCAAUAAAAAAAACUAUCAUUUUUCUUUUUGCAUAAUGUCCCUCACGACCGUGAUAUCGACAGCCGAGAAAGAAGAGGCCGAGAAGGUUGCGAAGGCCAUAGCCGGCGAGGACGAGAGCGAGGGGAUCGCGCUCAAGGAGAGCGCGUAAGCUGGAGUGGCUGCAUCAACAUGCUGAUUCGUGCGGGCGGGUGGUUGGCCGCGGCGGUUGUGGAGAAGAUCAUUUGUGGUCUAAACCGUCUAUUUCGACGUGAAGGUAGUUUGCAGUUUGCUGCAAAUACGGUGAACAGCGCUUCAUGUCGGGCACAAGCAGCGAACACGACAAACGAGAGCAUUAUCUUUCCAUGUUGCAGCUUGAAAGCUUAUUUGAUAUGGGUGAAGGGAAAAGAUUCUCCUCCUCGUCGUGAUCGUACAAGCAACUCGUUGCAGCACUUUGAACGGACCGUGUUCUACCUCUUCG